AUGUCAGAUGAGCACGUUAGCCUUCCCUGCACCGGGGUCAUCCAGUGCAGGGGUAAGACGAGCCCGGGGAGGCGCCAGGAGCCAAGGGCCAGCUCGCCACGUCACCUCUAUUUGAUGAACCAGUGUGUGAACUGUCGGAGGCAGGGGGCUGGAUAUGGAAAGACCACUGGUGGGCAGCUGAGACGGAUCAGCCAUGUGAAGUUGGCCUGUCAGUGUCUGUGCCUGUCUCCUGUGUGUGAUGGGGCUCGUAAUAUCUACCUUUCAGGGUUGCCGGAAGGGGGGAAACCAGACUGGGUGUAG